CAAUCAGCGCGGAGGAGCGUAAGAAGUAGCUCCCCUCCUCGCCGCUUCGUCCCCCUCCCCUCCGCCCCUGGGAGGCUCCAGGACGUCACUUUCCCAACUUGUUGAAGGAGGCCUCAUCUCCUCUUCUGCGUUCUCCUGCUCCUCUCCGCCCCACCGCCACUACACCCCCGCCCCCACCCCGAGCCGCGGCGGUCGCUCGCGCAGCGGGCCGGGGCGCGGGCAGACUUUGCCCCCGUCGUCGGCGCAGGCAGGGAGCGGGUGAUGUUCGCGGCGAGUCCCGGGAUGCAGGACACCUCAUGCCGCCUCGGCGGCUUCUCGCCUCCUCGCCUCACCCCCCCGCUGGCGGCCCUGCACAGCAUGGCAGCCGACGUGCAGACCCCACAGUCCCGGCCCCGGUCCCGGUGCCAGUCCCAAUCCCAGUACCCGGCCUACCCGCUGCCCUCCGCCGGGGCGCCCGCAGCCGCCUCGUCGUGCGCUUCCCCGGCCACCACUUCCCCCAACCCGGGCGGCAUGGCGGCGGCGUCGUCGCCGGGCCUCAAGUCGACCGGCCUGGGCUCGCCGCAACUGUGCUCGUCGGCGACGCCCCACGGCAUCAACGACAUCCUCAACCGGCCCAGCGCGGCACCUUCCUCGGCCGCCCUGGGGGUCCUGAGCGCCCUGCCUCCGCGUUUCAGCAGCCUCAGCCCACCGCCGCCACCUACACCUCAGCCGCCCUCGGCCGGACUCUACUUCUCGCCCGCGGCCGCCGCCGCCGCAGCAGCAGCCGCCGCGGCCGCCGCUGCCAUGGUCCGGUACCCCAAGCCACUGAGCGACUUGCCCGGCAGGACACCCAUCUUCUGGCCGGGGGUCAUGCAGGGGCCGCACUGGAGGGACGCGCGCUUCGCGUGCUCGCCCCAGCAGAGUUGUGUGGUGGUGGACGGCAAAGACGGCAAGCGCAAACACACGCGGCCAACUUUCUCCGGACAGCAAAUUUUUGCUCUGGAAAAAACUUUUGAACAAACCAAAUAUUUGGCGGGACCCGAACGAGCGCGACUCGCUUUUUCUCUGGGGAUGACCGAGAGCCAGGUCAAGGUGUGGUUCCAGAACCGUCGCACAAAAUGGCGGAAAAAGCACGCGGCCGAGAUGGCCUCGGCCAAGCAGAAGCAGGACUCGCAGACGGAAAGAUUAAAGGUCAGCACGGACUUGGAGGACGACGAGGACGACGACGACUACGACAAACCCUUGGACCCUGACCAACCCCCCCACCACCAACACCACCACCACCAACACGACCCAUCCCACCUCAACGGCCUCCUCCAUAAGCACGCGCUCGUCGUCGUGCACGCGCCUGAACGAGGCGCUUCAUCCUCCUCCUCCUCCUAAAAAAAAAACAAAAAAAA